UUUUGCUUAUUUACAUUUCGCAGCAAAUGCUGCUAAACCUUAGCUUUAGUAUUUGAAAAAAAGUGUGAAAAAAUGUCACUUAAAAUAUUUGUUUUGUUUUUCUGCACUCCUUUUGUGCUUAGUGCAACUGGAUUAGAAAGAAAACCUGAAGCUGUUGAUUCUAAUUUGCUGGAAAGUGUAUUGGAUGCGGAGGAAUGCACGCGGCAAAUAGAGACUAUAAGAAGCAACGCCAUGUUAUUGCUUCAAUUUUCUGACGCUGGUAUAAGAACACCAAGAGGAGUAUUAACUGGAAAUUCAGUGGAUAUGGGAAACUACCACCAAUGUUUGGACAUCGAUCAUCAACUAGAAGACAUGCAUAUUGAGGGCAAAUACUGCUCAAUCCUGGUUCCAGUCAAUCAGACACUUCAUUUACCUCGCCCUCAAGAUACUAUAUACUCACAAUUUGAUCCAUACUCUUUGCAAAUGGACAACGAAACUCUGAGUUUACUAGAAGAAUACUACAAAACUCGUAAUAAAUUACAAAUGUUGAGUGGGAACUUUGAUGCAGUUAAUGAUGACACAAGAACGACGCCUCCAAAUCCGCUCAUUUGGAUGGUAUUCAGACUGGCAGUGUGUAUUCCAAAACCAUGUACCACAGAACAAGCAAUAUCUUCUCUAUUUUUCAACGUAUCUGCUGUAGGAUUUAAAUACAGCGAGGAUUAUUGUCGCCUUUCCAAUGAUAAACCCUGGUCUUCCGCUGAUUACGCCGCAAUAAUAAUCUUUUCUGUGCUAGGAUUUGUGGCCUUAAUAAGUACAAGCUAUGACGUUUGUUACCGUUUCGUGUUCAAGAAAGAUGUAAAACAAAUGAGUACCCUUUGUCGAUCAUUUUCUUUUUACACAAAUGGGCAACGACUGACAACGUUUAGUUCCAGUGGUGGGAACUUACAAUGUAUUGAUGGGAUCAGAACUCUCGCCAUGCUGUGGGUCAUUAUAGGACACACGUUCAGUACGGAGGUGUUCAUAGCAAACCCUGCUGAUUCACAAAGUUGGAUGUUUUCUGCUGAAGCUUUAUGGAUUACUGCGGCCACUAUGACUGUAGACACAUUCUUUACUCUCGCAGGCGUGCUAUUGGUCUACACAACUGCAGCUAAAAUGAAACAAAUGACUUUCCUCAAGAAUCUCCACUGGUUCUACUUGAACCGUUACGUACGUGUGACACCAUUGUUGGCUGCUCUAGUACUUCUUCAGGCUUCAUACUUGAAUCAGUUUACCGAUGGACCUCACUGGAACACAGUAAUUGAACAAACACAAAGAUGUAGAAAUAAUUGGUGGUCCACCUUACUUCAUAUCCAAAAUUUAGUCCAUUUGAAAAAUAUGUGUAUUCCCCACUCCUGGUACAUGGCCAUAGACUUCCAGUUGUACUUCGUGUCACCACUAGUUCUAUUCUGGGUCUUCAGUGGAAAGAAACUUCAAUCUUGGAUCGCACUGAUUGGAAGUCUUAUUGCUGUGUUGAUAGGAUCCACAAUUUACUGCUUCAGUAUAAACAGGCAGGCUGGAAAUUUGGUACCUAGCCGUUUCUCAGAAAUGAUGGACUUUAUGUUUGAGUAUUAUUUUAAUACCCUUGCACGAGCCUCUCCAUUCUUCGUCGGCAUGAUUUGUGGAUACAUUCUACAUCUCUAUCGCAAGAGCAGAAUACAGAUUCCAUGGAUCAUUGCCGUCUUCUUCUGGGCAUGCUUUGCUGGUAUACUAGGAGGUAUCUUCUACUUCAAGUACAGCAUCAAGCAGUUUGACUGGGAAAAUCAAUUAAUUGACAACUUGAUGAACUCCUUCAUGAGACCUACUUAUGCAGUUGCCAUCUGUUGGUUGAUAAUCGCUUGCGUUCAUGGAUAUUCUGGCCCGAUUAAUUGGUUCCUAUCGCUUGACGAAUGGCGAUUACCGGCACGUCUAUCUUAUGCGAUGUAUUUAUUCCACUAUCCAAUCAUGUUUUCCAUCAAUGGUUCUGCUGUUGCCCCGUUCUACUUUACUGUAGGGAACUUUGUAUUUAAGUUCUUUGCAUAUGUGGCGUUGUCUGUGGCAGUUUCUUUCUUCUUCAUUCUUCUUAUCGACUCUCCUAUAACAGUUCUCUUCAAGCUAUUGACCGAUUCUGUGACAAAAGGAAAACCAACUAAGAAACCAAACGAAGAUAAACAACAACAUGAUAAAAACAAUAUGAGUGAUAGUCCAAGUGUCACAAAGCCUUCUAUUGAAGAUAAAAUUGACCAUACUAAUGUUAUUGGAGCCAUUGACAGGGACUCAAAUACAAAUCAAAUUCCAGAAAAAUCUAAUGUGGAAGUUGAAAUUAAUGAAGUGAGUGGCGAUAUUAGAGAAAAUGUAGAAGUAAUAAAUGAGAACGGUGCUAGUGUAAGCUCAAAUAAUGUAGCUAGAUAAUAAUUAUGGAAAUUGUUAGUAAUCUCUGAGAUAGAACGCAUGAUAUUAACUACACAUCACAUCAACAGCCUAUUAGUGGCCACUGCUAACCAACGCCUGUUCUCGCAUGAAGAAGGCUUGAGCAUCAAUCACCAUGCUUGCUCAGUGCGGAUUGGCGAUUUCGAACUUAUAAUGUUAGAAAAUUAUAAGCCCAGGUUUCUCCACGAUGUUUUCCUUCACCGUUUGUCAGUGGUUUCUAAAUAAUCUUAGAAAGUACAUACAGCCCAGGUUUCGCACCUUCGUGCUAGAAGAGUCUGAAAAGAGGAAGAAAGAGGUCUUAAACCUCUGGGGCACCACUACAUAUACACCGCUAAGUACUAAAUUAACUACAAAAUAUCAUAUCAGUGCCAAACGGAAUCAGUAGCUUUGAUUACGUAAUUAAUAUCUAUCGUUUUCACAAGAUCAAAUUAAACCUUUUUAUCUCAAUCAUUAUCGAUAAACAUGUAAGAUUUGUCCUUGAUUUAUCGUCGAAUAUUGUUAGGUAGAUAGUCAUAUCUUUAAUUUUAAUAUUAAUUAAUUGUAAUCCGAUGUUGAAUGAAUGUGAUAUUGUUUUAUCAAUGUAUGUAACUAGGUAUGAAGAGAGCGUGUGAAGUCGAGUGAUUAGAAAUAUAUCAGAUUUGAAAAUU